UUAGUAUCAGCAGCAGUAAUUUGAAGCUGCGAGAAAAGUGCAAAGAGGAUCCGUGGAUUUGACAAUUACUGAAAAAUGGCGUUUGGCACAAUGACAUCUUUGCUUGGCAUGAUCCCCCUGCUGGCGAUCGGCAUGAACUACUAUCGCUACCAAAGCAUCGAUCCGGAGAACAAAGUGCAGGAGCCACAAAUGACGCGUCGGCAAUAUGAUUUCAUAGUUGUUGGCGGCGGUUCAGCUGGCGCAGUCAUAGCCAAUCGCCUAUCGGAGGUACGUAACUGGACGGUUUUAUUACUCGAAGCUGGCGGUGAUGAGACAGAGAUUUCGGACGUGCCCGCGCUUGCCGGCUACCUUCAGCUAACAGACUUGGACUGGAAGUAUACGACAACACCCUCGCCCACACGUCAAUACUGUCAAGCCAUGAAGGGUGAUCGCUGUUUUUGGCCGCGUGGUAAAGUGCUUGGUGGCUCCAGUGUCCUCAACGCCAUGGUAUAUGUACGUGGCUCUAAAAACGACUAUAACCACUGGGAAUCACUCGGCAAUCCCGGUUGGGGCUAUGAAGAUGUACUUAAAUAUUUUCUGAAAUCCGAGGACGUUCGUAAUCCCUAUCUGGCUAAGACACCGUAUCACGAAACAGGCGGUUAUCUAACGGUACAGGAGUCACCCUGGCGCACACCGCUCUCCAUUGCCUUUCUGCAGGCUGGCAUGGAGAUGGGGUAUGAGGUGCGUGACAUCAACGGCGAACGACAGACUGGUUUUAUGCUAACACAGAGUACCAUUCGCCGCGGUUCUCGUUGCAGCACCGGUAAGGCAUUUAUAAGACCCGUGCGCUUGCGCAAGAAUCUCGAUGUGCUGCUGCGCGCGCACGCUACGAAAGUAUUGAUCGACAAACAUAAGCGCGCCAUAGGUGUGGAGUUUAUGAAGAAUGGCCAAAAGAAUGUGGUUUUUGUGCGACGCGAGGUUAUACUCUCCGCGGGUGCUCUGAACUCGCCACAACUUUUGAUGCUGUCGGGCAUCGGACCGGCUGAGCACUUGCAAGAACACGGCAUAAAAGUGUUAUCCGACUUGCCUGUGGGCGAUAAUUUACAAGAUCAUGUGGGUUUAGGUGGCCUGACUUUCGUGGUUGAUGCGCCCUUGACCGUAACACGCACACGCUUUCAAACCAUACCCGUGGCUAUGGAGUAUAUUCUACGCGAACGUGGUCCCAUGACUUUCUCUGGCGUAGAAGGCGUCGCUUUUCUCAACUCGAAAUACCAAGAUGCCGCUGUCGACUGGCCCGACAUACAGUUUCACUUCCUUCCCAGCUCCAUCAACUCGGACGGUGGCGAGCAAAUACGUAAAAUUCUAAAUCUACGCGACGGUUUCUACAACACCGUCUACAAACCGCUACACAACUCUGAAACCUGGUCUAUCUUGCCGCUUUUGCUGCGUCCCAAAAGCACGGGUUGGGUGCGUCUCAACUCACGCAACCCACUGCAGCAACCAAAACUUAUACCCAACUACUUUGCGCAUCAGGAAGACAUUGAUGUGCUCGUCGAGGGCAUCAAACUGGCCAUAAAUGUGUCCAACACACAAGCUUUUCAGCGUUUCGGCUCGCGUCCACAUAACAUACCAUUGCCCGGCUGUCGGCAUCACGAGUUCAUGUCAGACGCCUAUUGGGGUUGUGCCAUCAAACAGUUCACUUUUACCAUAUACCACCCGGUGGGCACUUGCAAAAUGGGUCCCAGUUGGGAUGUGACCGCAGUGGUGGAUUCACGCUUGCGUGUUUACGGCGUAUCCGGUAUACGCGUCGCGGACGCCAGCAUAAUGCCAACCAUUAUGAAUGGCAAUCCGAACGCGCCGGUCAUUAUGAUUGGCGAGAAGGCGGCAGAUCUCAUCAAAGAGGAUUGGGGUGCGCGACCGGCACAUCACCAUGGCUGAGGUGUGACAUAGGCGAGCCAGUCAGCACAGGCGAGUCAGCGUAGCUCCUAUGCGUGGUUAUUUCAAAUUAACAUUUUCUGAGAGUUUCGCUAAUGCUUUCGCAAGCUAUUUAUGUAUAUGACUAGUC